GCUAACAUUAGCCACUUGUGUGCCACACUGUAGUCACACACAGCAGCGUUAGCAACAUAGUCCAUGGUUAGCAACAAGACCGACAUCAGCAUCACGGAGUGUUAAAGGCCAUCUAAAGAAAAAUAGUAUCAGCCACAGGUGCAGGUUGAGGACUGCCCUCGGUAAAGACGGAUCCACAAUGUUGAACCCGACCAACGGUGACCCAGGUCACGUUGUUGUGAAUUAUGUCGAGGAGUAUUUAGAUCUGGUGGAGUCGCUUCCCUUCGACUUGCAGAGGAGCGUGUCCCUCAUGAAGGAGAUUGAUGCCAAGUAUCAAGAUGUUCUGAAGGAGCUUGACGACGCCUAUGAACGGUAUCGCCGUGAAUCUGACUCACUUCAGAGGCGCAAGCUUCAGUUAUCCAUUCAGAGGGCACUUAUCCGCAGCCAAGAACUAGGAGAUGAAAAGAUCCAGAUUGCUGGUCAAAUGGUGGAACUGGUUGAGAACCGAACACGACAAAUCGACUGGCAUUCUGAACUUCUCCUUUCAUCACAAGAAGUCCCAGAAAGUCACGUUCCCACGGCAACGUCAGUAACAACCACUGCAGCAUCCUUGAUGUCCUCAUCGUCGGCUACCGUCACUCCAGGAAAACCAGGCCACCACGACAAGAAGCGUGACGAGGUCACCCCAGGCUCAGGUGGAGGAGACAAGGCUGGAGGGAAACGCUCGAGACGCCAGAAAAACGGGGAAAACCGUGAAAGUUACGGAGGUCUGGAUCACGCUGAAGAAGUGGGAAUGGGAGCGUCACGGGAAAAGAGAGCUAAGACGUCUUCCAAGAAGAAGAAACGAUCGAAAGGAAAGUCGGAGAGAGAAGUGUCUCCUCCAGAUCUGCCAAUCGAUCCAGAUGAGCCGACGUACUGCCUGUGUGAGCAGGUGUCUUACGGCGAGAUGAUCGGCUGCGAUAACGAUGAAUGUCCCAUUGAGUGGUUUCAUUUCUCCUGUGUUGGCCUUCAUCAUAAGCCCAAAGGCAAGUGGUACUGCCCUAAGUGUAGAGGUGAAAAUGAGAAGACCAUGGACAAGGCCUUAGAGAGGGCCAAGAAGGAGCGGGCCUACAACAGGUAGCUCUGCCCAGCCAAACGAACAAUGUUGUGUAAAAAUGGAAUUUUAUCCAUUUCAGUUUCCAUUUACAGUUAACACUGAAUACUGAAUUCAUGAGAGGGAUCCUGUAAAUAGUUAUUUUUGUAACAGCUGCAUAGCUGAGAAACAAGAUCGUCCCCUUCUGCUGGAGUAUUUGCAAAGAAUAGACGUAGUACAGAACCAGGACCAUGUGCAUGUUUUUAACCAGCUGUUGUGCACUUAAUCCCUCUUUGUUCUCAUCAUGCAUGCAACGUUAUCCGCUCAUUUCUAUAUGCUCAAUUAACAAAUAAAACAUUUCUAAACUAA